GGGGGGGGGCGGCCACCCGCGGGGAGCAGCGGAGGAGCAGGCGCGCUGCGGCCCCGAGGGAGGGCACCGUUAAAGCUUUGCCAUCAAUUGUGAGCCCAGUGAGUCCGUCCUAAGCUAACACACUAACGCUACAGCCUCCCUCACACCCCCAAACCACCGAAGGCGGCGACACCUGAUCUAGCGCACAAACACGGGUCCCUUCUGUCCCCGGAUACAAUUACGCGGCAGACACACUCAAACUCACGCGCAGCAGCCAAGAGCCGAGCGAUGAAGUCUUACACUCCGUAUUUCGUGCUCCUGUGGAGUGCGGUUGGGAUAGCGAAGGCUGCCAAAAUCAUCAUCGUGCCGCCAAUUAUGUUUGAAAGCCAUAUGUACAUUUUCAAGACACUAGCCUCAGCCUUGCACGAGAGAGGCCACCGUACAGUGUUUCUUCUCUCUGAAGGCAGAGACAUCGCGCCAUCUAAUCAUUACAGCCUCCAGCGCUACCCAGGGAUUUUUAACAGUACCACCUCGGAUGCUUUCCUGCAGUCCAAAAUGCGGAAUAUUUUCUCUGGGAGAUUGACAGCAAUCGAACUGUUUGACAUACUGGAUCACUAUACUAAGAACUGUGAUAUGGUGGUUGGCAACCAUGCCCUGAUUCAGGGUCUAAAAAAGGAAAAGUUUGACCUGCUGCUGGUGGACCCUAAUGACAUGUGUGGAUUUGUGAUAGCGCAUCUUUUAGGGGUUAAAUAUGCUGUAUUUUCAACUGGCCUCUGGUAUCCUGCUGAAGUGGGUGCUCCUGCCCCAUUAGCUUACGUCCCGGAGUUUAACUCACUCCUCACAGACCACAUGAACUUGCUGCAAAGGAUGAAAAAUACCGGCGUUUACCUCAUUUCCAGAUUAGGGGUCAGCUUUCUGGUUCUUCCCAAGUAUGAAAGGAUAAUGCAGAAGUACAACCUGCUGCCGGAGAAGUCCAUGUAUGACUUGGUCCAUGGGUCCAGUCUGUGGAUGCUGUGUACAGAUGUAGCACUGGAGUUCCCGAGACCCACUCUGCCUAAUGUUGUGUAUGUAGGAGGAAUCCUAACCAAACCGGCCAGCCCACUACCAGAAGAUCUCCAAAUGUGGGUAAAUGGUGCUAAUGAACAUGGCUUUGUCCUGGUGUCUUUCGGAGCUGGUGUCAAGUAUCUUUCAGAAGACAUUGCUAACAAACUGGCUGGAGCUCUGGGGAGAUUGCCCCAAAAAGUGAUUUGGAGGUUUUCUGGAACCAAACCAAAGAAUCUAGGAAACAACACUAAGCUCAUAGAAUGGUUACCACAAAAUGACUUGCUUGGGCAUUCCAAUAUUAAAGCCUUCCUGAGCCAUGGUGGUUUGAAUAGUAUUUUUGAAACUAUGUAUCAUGGUGUACCUGUAGUGGGAAUCCCACUCUUUGGAGACCACUAUGAUACUAUGACCCGGGUCCAGGCAAAAGGCAUGGGGAUAUUGCUAGAAUGGAAGACAGUUACUGAAGGAGAGCUAUAUGAAGCACUGGUGAAAGUUAUCAAUAAUCCCAGCUACCGUCAGAGGGCCCAGAAGCUUUCAGAAAUCCACAAGGAUCAACCUGGUCACCCUGUCAAUCGGACUGUCUAUUGGAUAGAUUACAUUCUUCGUCACAAUGGAGCCCAUCACCUACGUGCCGCUGUCCAUCAAAUCUCUUUCUGUCAGUAUUUUUUACUGGAUAUUGCCUUUGUGCUUUUGCUUGGUGCUGCCUUGUUCUAUUUCUUCUUGUCCUGGGUGACAAAAUUUAUUUACAGAAAAAUCAAAAGUUUGUGGUCUAGAAAUAAGCAUAGCACAGUUAAUGGACAUUACCAUAAUGGAAUCCUCAAUGGCAAGUACAAAAGAAAUGGCCAUAUUAAACAUGAAAAGAAGGUGAAAUGAGCCAACAGCCCACAUGAUAGUAACCAACCUGUUCAGUCACUGGAUUUUUACUGCUAUAAUUUAGUCUAACAACUACUAAAAGUAAAAUGUCAGUAAACAAUUCUAACACUCCCUUAUUGGAUCUUACUAACAGAAUUCUGUGGAAUUAAGAUGGCUGUAAAAAGCACAAACCUAAAAUGCAAAAAUGUAUUUUAUUUGAAUACUGAUAUAGAGAGUUUGGGCACUGAACCUUUUAGAAGCCUUAAUUAUUUAAAUCAAUUAAGUGACCAUGUCAGACCUUAGUUUUGAAUCUUGAUAUGUGUGUGUCCCAGAAGAGGAGUGGUUUCUUUUCUCUUAAAAAGAUUUGUUUGUGUGCAUGUGUGUAUGGGUGUAUGUUUCCUAAUUAAGGGAAUUUUUAGCUGGCUGCUUGAUAUAUUUGUUGAAGGUACAACACAUUCAAGAAUGAAAUAGAAAGACAGGAUCCAAAUGUUUCUUUUCUAGAAUUUAAUAUAUGUGAACUCAGAACACUACCAUGAAAGAACACUUUUCCCUCAAAACUGAAUGCAGUAGGAGAAAAUGAAAAGAUAAAUGGCACCUCUUUUGUACUUCUUGGUUCGUUUGUUUGUGAUAGUUUUUUUGUUUUGUUUUGCUUUUUAUUUUUGUUUUCCUUUUCUUACAGACCGUGGGCACUUCUGGGGGAAAAAUACAUGCAAUUAAGUACAUGUAUAAAUUGGUUGUCCCAUUUUACUUUUAUUUUCCCCUUACCAAUAAUUUGUCUCUAGAAGAAUUUUAUAGUCCUUUCUGUUUCAUUUUGGUGAAUAACAUUAUGUGAAAUGCAUAAUUCAGACAAAGCAACAAAGCUCUGACUUUUGUUCAAAGUACUGAAGAUUAUUGCUUUUAUGGCAUCUUUAAACAGGGCUGUUUGACUGUUUUUGUAACCGAUGGCUUUUUUUAUAAUGUAACUUUUGAAUGUUCAGGUGUUAAGAUUUCCAAAGUUUUAACUUUAAAAAACGAUCUUCUUCAUCCCUUUUGUUGUCUGGGCCACACAAUCUAUAUUUAACAUAGGUGCCAACAGUUAAUUAAGUGGAGCAUUUACAGUUCUCUAUACUGGUACCUACUUUGUCUGAGAAGUUUGAGAUCUCGUUAACAAAUCAAACUUUA